AUGCCAACCAUUGAAUUGUUCUGUGUAAUAAUCAAAUCAAAAUGGUUACACAUGUGUAAAACAGUGGUCCUCAAACCUCCAUAUUUAUGGUGGACAUCCCAUAAUAAUAAUGUGUGCGAAUUUAAUUAUAAUCCGUUGAAACAAG